AUGUUCUCUCAGGUUCUCACUGUUCACGUUGAUAACAUCGUUCAUCAUCUCAAGACGGUCUUCCAUUUUACAAAAAAUGAUAUCAGAACCACUCUGAUACCUGUCACUAUAUUCGCAUUAUCCGCAGCUCCCACAUACAACCCCACCCAUGCUUGGAAUGCCCCUUUGUGGAUAUGGUUUCACCUACUGCAGUUCAAUAUUGCGAACCAGAUCCAGGAUCUGGAGGAGGACCGCAAGAACAAACCCUCCCGUCCGAUACCUGUUGGUCGCAUUUCUGUCGACAGCGCAGCUGAUAUGCGCUGGGUGAUGGUCCCAGUCUGUUGCUAUCGUUGUGCUAUGCUGACCGGCACCGUUUUUGCAACGUUGACAAUCUGGUACAACAAACUUCACGGUGAUAAGAUGGGAUUGUCGAAGAAUGCACUCACAGCCAUCCUUGGUGGCCCGUGGGUAUCUAGAGAUCGGAGCAACCGUCGCUGUCACAGAAAAUCUAUCAUUUUGCUCAUCAAGCAUACAGGUCGGAGCAACUCGUGCAUCGAUAAGGCUGGUGCUUUGGCGGUCGCACUUAGCUCGAUAGUCUUUGCGACUACGCUUCAUGCGCAAGACUUCAAGGACGAAGAGGGCGAUCGCCUCACUGGCAGGCACACGCUACCCACGAUCUUCCCCAAAGCCGCACGCUUUUCAAUGAUGUUCGGUCUUCCCCUCUGGUCGUAUGCCUUGAGUCGUAUCUGGAAGAUAGAUGCGCUCUCUACCACUGCAUUUGUACUUUACGGCGCAUUUGUAGGAAUCCGGUUCGUGAUGUACAACACGGUAGGCGCCGAUAAGCAGUCCUGCAAAUUUUAUAGUGUGAGUUAA